UACUCCAUAUAGGGUGAGUCUGUCCUGCUCUGAUGAUGUAAUAGUUGUGCUGUGCCACUAGCAGGUGUAUGACAGGGAAUACAUACAUAGGUAAAGUACAGGUAGAGUCUACCUGAUCUAUUUAAACGGAUACUCACAUGGAGAACAGACAGGCUGAGGCUCCACCCUCAUAUGACUCUGUGGUGAAUCAAAACACCCCUCCACCUUCAUAUCCGAGUCUUCAAAUAUUGUCGACUACCCAAAUCCAGCCGUACAGCAUACCUCAACCAAUACCUCAAACACCUGCGCCUUGUGUAGUAGAGACAAGUCAUACGACAAUCCCAUCACAGAGAAGGCAAGCUCUCUCAUACAAGAGCAAAAGGUGUUGCUAUGGAGGGUCUAGUGGUACUGUUGUUGUUGUAGUGUUGGUUGUAAUCGCCAUCUGGCUGGGAGUGCGUUAUGGGCCGUCACUGUGGGCUCUCUCCGAGAGAGAAACAACAAAAGACACAUGCCCCCCUUCAUCCGUUGACUGUGAUGGGAAGAGAGACUGUUCUCAAGGCAGUGAUGAAUCUCGCUGUGUGCGGUUUGGUACAGCAAAUGAAUUGCAGGUCAUGACCUCUAAGUCCGGGCUCUUCCUUCCAGUCUGCGCACAGGGCUGGAAUAAAAACUUAGCUGACCAAACCUGCCAACAGCUUGGCUUUAGACAGAGUCAUAUAUAUGGUGUCUUGCAAACCAACUCACCCUCCUUUCAAAGUGUGAACAGUCAGUUUACAAACACCAUCCAGGGGAGCGUUAACAGAAGUACGUCCUGUCCUGGUCAGCAGACCGUGUCCCUGAACUGCAGCAAAUGUGGAAAGCCACCGGUCUCCACGAGGAUCAUAGGGGGAAGUGUGGCUGCUGACGGUCAUUGGCCGUGGCAGGCCAGUCUGCAUUUCCAAGGGUAUCACACAUGUGGAGGAACUCUGUUGGCUCAAGACUUCAUCAUUACAGCUGCUCACUGCUUCCCCAAAGAAACACCCGGCUCUCAGUUGCCUAGUAACUGGAAAGUGUAUAUUGGUUUGGUGUCCCAGCUCCAGCUUCCCAGCCCAUAUUUUGUAAAGCAAAUCAUUUUACAUGAGAAUUAUGACCCAGCGACAAAAAACAAUGACAUCGCCUUGCUAAAACUCAAUAAUCCUGCCAGUAAUAUACAGCCUAUCUGUUUGCCUGUGUUUGGCCAGACAUUUUCUCCUGCCCAGCAGUGCUGGACUACUGGUUUUGGAGUUACCCGGCAAGGGGCUGCCAGUAGUUCCACUUCUUUGAUGGAGGUCAAAGUAGACCUGAUAGACUCAACUGUGUGUAACUCACUUACUGUUUAUGACGGACGAAUCACUGAGAAUAUGCAGUGUGCAGGAGAUCUUGGGGGAGGGAAAGACUCCUGCCAGGGCGACAGUGGGGGUCCAUUGGUGUGUAAAGUUGAUGAUCAAUGGUUUCUCACAGGCGUAACAAGUUGGGGAGAUGGCUGUGGAAAGCAGAACCGUCCAGGGGUCUACAGUAACGUAGGGCGACUUUUAAUGUGGAUAUAUGGCAAGAUGCAGGUAAAACCACAUUACUUUUGCGUAUUUACGUGCACACACACACACACACAUUAAAAUACACUGAUAUUAAAUGUAAAUGAAGAUACUGACACAAAACAUUGUGAAUUCAUCAUGACUUUUACAUACCUUUAUUUCUUCGUUCUCUUUUUUAUCCCUGUUUUAUCAUCUCUGUUUCCUUCAUUACAGCAAGAGCGACCAUGACCUUCUGCGACCUUGAAGAACAAAUACUCUCUCUACUCUGCUGCAUACACAUCACAGAUUUGAUAACAUUUUGUACAGAAUUAAUCUUACUUACUAAAAUAUGUUUUCUCUUUUUUUUUUUUUUUUUUUUUUUUUUUUUUUUAAGGUGAAACAGUACAGGUGACAUGUACUUCUGCAGUAAAUAUAUAUUUCUGUUACAUUUUAAAUUAAUUAUUUAAAUUAUGAAGAUCCAAAGAGUCUUUAUUCCUUUUGUAAAUAAGAAGUCUUUUAUUCUGGAGAUAUGAAUGUUCUUGAAUAAAACAUUACUGUUUUAGGAAUAAAAAUACCAGAACAUUUAAGCAGUACAAUUCUAUCUGUGCAUUGUAUAUUGUGUAUUAUGUACUGAGUAGGUCAUCAACUACUUUCUCGCAACAAUACAUGUGACAUAUGAAAAGAGUUUCAAAAACAUUUACUGACUUUUUAAUUGUACAGACAGUGGAGCAGCAUAUUGAACUGAAGUGUCCUUCACUCUGAGAGUAAAACAGCAGGCUGUGAUGGUUUUAUUUUAGGUUUUUAGCCAAAAUUUGCUGAAAAUUAAAACAGCACUACUGAAGACAAAUUCUUUCCUCUCUGAAAAGGUAAAAGUUGGAAGGAUCUUUUAACAUAGACAUAAUCAUUAACUUUACAAAGAAUACCCCACUUAGUCCCUUUUUAUACUCUGAUAGAUUUAUCUUCCAGCUUAUUAAAGUGAAAAAGAGUAAACUCACACUUGCGCUGUAUGUGGACAGAAGAGAGGAGUGAGAGUCACUAUUUUCCACUUGCACUUAUUUGAAAACAAGAAAACUCCUGAAGCAAUCUGUUAGUUUUAUGAAUACUCCCACUCAAAACUAAAGUGAUUAGUUAUGUAUUUGUUCUACACUUUUUAAUUUGGUCUUUAGAAAAUGGCAGAUUAAUAUUUAACUACCCACUGAAAUAGAACUAACAGAUUAACUGUUUGGAGUCCUUCUGAAAUCUCAAUGUAAUUUAUCAACAUAAUUUUCAUAGUGUAUAUUACAAAAUGUGUGAAAAUCACAGUGUAAAUAAUAUUUUGGAGUUUACAUCAUGAGUUUAUCUUAUUUAUGUUUUUAUUUAUGUUAUAUCAGAUUAGUUGGCCUUAAGAGAUUGAAUCUGUCUCUCAUGGUCUGCUUGUUUCUCAACGAGCUUCAGCGACCUUGUCAGCUUAUUGCAAGGGCACAUUCACCACUGCUCUAUGGUUAGAUAUUAAGAAAUGACCCAAAGGCUUGUGUUUAUGUGCGUGUUUUGAAGUUUACUGGAUAAGACAGGUCAGAAAAAAGGGUUUGAAGGUCGUUAAUUGUGAAGCACACACACACACUCCUCCCUGUAACUCUUACUGAUUUGUCAUUCGCUCCACCAGUUACAAUUCCACCUUCAGAGAGUUUAAGGAGCUCCCUGCAAACACCCAAACUCCUCUCACUUUUACUCUCACACACAUAUAUCACAUUUGUGGAAUUAUCAUCUCUGAAACUUUGAGAUCCAGCACCACUGUCAACGAUGGGAGUGG